CCCUCCGUGCUCCCCCCGCUGCCCCGCGCGGGGGUUCCGCCGCCCGCCAGGCCCCGGGCGCAGGAAUCCUGAGAGGAAUCCAUAAAUCCCGGGAUUUUUUGCCCCUGGAAGCUCGGAAUGCAUUAGAAUUCCAAGAAUUCCCUUUCCCUAAGGAAUGCAGCACCAUGCGCUGCCUGGCCCGCCUCAGCUCCAAGGCGCUGCUGGUGCUCUGCUCCCUCCUGGCUCUGCUCUCGCUGCUGCUCUGGACCCGCUGCUCCCGGCAUUCCCAAUCCCCUCCGGAGCCCCCGGAGCGCCGCCGGGCCCCCGACGGCGAGGAGGCGUCGCCCCAGGAUCCGCCCGGAGCGGCGGGAAUGCCGGGAAAAGCCGGGCCGAGGUACGAGGAGAUCGACUGCGUCAUCAACGAGGAGCAGACGGUGAAGGGGCGGCGCGAGGGCUCGGAGGUUUUCCUGCCCUUCAGCUGGGUGGAGAAGUACUUCCAGGUGUACGGCCGGAUCUCCCAGUCCUCCGACGGGAGCGAGCGCUUCGAGUUCUCCCACAGCUAUUCCAAGGUCUACGCCCAGCGCGCUCCGUACCGGCCCGACGGCGUCUUCAUGUCCUUCGAGGGCUACAACGUGGAGCUGCGCGACAGGGUCAAGUGCAUCAGCGGCGUGGAAGGCGUUCCCGUCUCCACGCAGUGGGGCCCUCAGGGAUACUUCUACCCCAUCCAGAUCGCCCAGUACGGCCUGAGCCACUACAGCAAGAACCUGACGGAAAAACCGCCCCGCGUGGAGGUGUACGAGACGGCGGGAGACGGGAACGGCGGCGGCGGGAAUGAGGGGGAAUGGACCGUGCCCAAGGGCUGCUCCCUCGCCACCGUCUGGGACGAGAGCCGGCUCACCGCCGUCAAGCAGUUCUCCUGCCCAGAAAACUCCGAGGGCAUCUCCCUGGAGCUGAACAACGCCCGGGACUUCAUCAUCUCCCUCGACCUCAAGUUCCAGGGCAACGGCAGCGUCUCGGUGGUGCUGGAGACCACGGAGCGGGGCCGGCCCUUCACGCUGCACUACGUCUCGGGCAGCACGCGCCUCAUCUCCCUGCGGGACCGCGACGUCUCCUACGGCAUCGGCGCACGCGGCGCCUGGAGCACGCUGACCCGCGACCUCCUGACGGACCUGCGCAAGGGCGCCGGCCUCUCCAACACCAAGGCGGUCCGGCAGACGCGGGUCGCCCCCAGGAAGCUGCUGCGCCUGGUGGCCCGCGGCCGCGGCCUCCUGGACAACGUCACCGUCUCGGCCACGGCGCACGCCGCCGCCUUCUUCGCCGCCAGCCGCUGGCUGCUGCGCAACCAGGACGGGCGCGGCGGCUGGCCCAUCGCCGUCACCAGGAAGCUGGGGGAAGGCUUCAAGCCCUUGGAUCCCGGCUGGUACUCGGCCAUGGCGCAAGGGCAGGCCAUGUCCACCUUGGUCAGGGCGUACCGGCUGACCAAGGAGCCGGCCUUCCUGAGCGCGGCGCUGCGCGCCACGGCGCCCUUCAAGCUGCCGCCGGAGCAGGGAGGGGUGCGGGCGGUCUUCAUGGGGCGGCACGACUGGUACGAGGAGUACCCCACGUCGCCCAGCUCCUUCGUGCUGAACGGCUUCAUGUACUCGCUGAUGGGCCUCUACGACCUGAAGGAGACGGCGGGCGAGGAGCUGGGGCGGGAGGCGCGGCGGCUGUACGAGCGCGGCAUGGCGUCGCUCAAGGCCAUGCUGCCGCUCUUCGACACGGGCUCGGGCAGCGUCUACGACCUGCGGCACUUCACGCUGGGCACGGCGCCCAACCUGGCGCGCUGGGACUACCACACCACGCACAUCAACCAGCUGCAGCUGCUGGGCUCCGUGGACGAGGCGCCCGUCUUCAAGGAGUUCGUCAAGAGGUGGAAGAGCUACCUGAAGGGCGGGAGGGCAAAGCACAACUGAGAGGGGUUGGUUUGGUUUGUU